AUGGUGCUUCAGCUCAACGAUGGCAUAACGGCACGCGUCACGAACAAUGGACCUGUCUCAGAGGCAUUCGCAGUGAUCAACGGAGCGAAGCAAGGCUGCGUCCUCGCGCCUACCCUCUUCAGUCUCAUGUUCUUUGCCAUGCAGAUGGACGCCUACCUUGACGAACGCACCGGGAUCGGCAUCACCUACGAGACCGACGUCCAUUCUCUCAACCGCGGACAGAUGCAUACCUCAACGCGUCUCACCACGACUGUGUUCCACGGCCUGCUCUUCGCGGAUGACUGCAUGCCCAACAUCGUGACAGAAGCAGACAUGCAACGGAGCAUGAACCUCUUUUCCUGCGGCUAUGCCAACUUCGAGCUUACCGUCAGCACGGACAAACGGUGGUCAUACAUCAACCGUCGUCCAAAGCCGUUUAUGAUGACCCAAGUGAGGAUCAUGGACAACUUCACCUAUCUAGGCAGCAUACGCAUGCUGCAUCAUAAUCGGCGACAAAGUGGCCCACCGUAUCCCAAAAGCCAGCCAGGCCUUCGGUUGGUUGCAGAACUCCAUAUGGAAUCGCCACGGUCUCCACCUCAACACCAAACUGAAGAUGUACAAAGCAGUCAUUUUGACUAUGCUGCUGUAUGGGGCAGAGAUCCGUAG